AUGAGGAUCAAGCCUAUGGCAUGGAUAUUUGACCGCAAGGCAGAAGUACUUCGGCAGAAGCUGCCGAGAGAAUUUGUAGACAAUCCGCUGGCGGUGCUCCAAUCCGAGAAAGCCAAUGUGGAGCUUGUCGGUCGAUGUUUGGAACUCUUUGUAGUCGAAACCCAUUCGCAGGCAGUCUCCCUGGACGCGGCCAGAGAGGUCUUCGUGGAAUCUAAGCCUGGGACAAGCGUAAUGCGCUGGCUGCUUGGGAGCGGCGUCUACGAAGAUGCUGACUUGUCGCGAGAAAAAAGGCUGUUAAAUUGUCUCAUACACUGUCUAGCAGCUGAAGGGAAAGUCGAACUUAUUUGGGAUUGGUUACGUGUCGAUCAUACGCCUCGCUCCGUGGCCCACCUCCACAUCAGACAGAGUCGAUCGUGGAAGGGUGUGGGUCUGAUGAAACUCAUCCAGAAUGAGGUUUUCUGGGCAGACGAAAACACUGCCAUUUCGACCUUCCUGCGCGCAAAGCAAUGGWGCCAUGGCGAUGGGAAGAGCGAACCAAGAUCACCUGGGACCUUCAUUCCCUGUCAUCAGGCAGGUAUCUGGUUGUACAGAAGACUGGUCGUUGGUCCCGACCCCGACACUUUCUCAGUCGAUGUUCAGUUGUAUGAAGACUUCAUCAGGGCCAUACCGGUGGUAAAGGUGGAUCAUUUCGAGCAAGAGAUGUCCAUUUGCAAUCUUUUCUUGAGACACCCGACAAAGGCCACCGCUGAGCCUGCGUUUUCUCACAUCAUGGCAUGGGGAGAAAACUCCGGUGCCAACGAAUACAUGGAUAAGUAUCUGGGAUCAAAUAACGCUAGGGUCAUGGGAAAUAUCAGAGUAUUCGUCUUACRCACCGCUCAAAUGCUCCAGCGCGAAAACAAAUUGCUGAAGGCGAAGCAUGUUCUGGACGUUGCGAGUCAAAGACGACCAGAUCUUUUCGCCAUGAUCCGCGGCCAUACUGCAUCAAAAGAAACGGAAAUGCCCUUCUUUUUGGAGCGUCCACCUCUACCUACGGCCUCGCGCCCGUAUGCUCCUACCAGGACUUAUAACUCUCAACAAAGCGCAAGGGUCAUCGAAGUACAAAACGCAUUUGUUCGUCAGGGCUUCAGAAAAUGA